UCUUCAGGGAGGAUGGCCCCAAGUCGCCGAAACCUGGGACUUCUCUUCCUCUACUUUAUAUCUUUUCUCUGGGGUCUCCCCGCCAACCUGCUGGCACUGCAUGCCUCCGUGGGGCGCAUGCGCAAGCCUAACCCCGCUCCCAUCCACGUCCUCCUGCUCAGCCUGACGCUGGCGGACCUCCUGCUGCUGCUGCUGCUGCCCUUCAAGAUGGUUGAGGUUGCGCAUAAUUUCUUCUGGCCCUUGGGGGACAUCCUCUGCGCCCUCACUGGCUAUGGCUUCUACAGCAGCAUCUACUGCAGCACGUGGCUCCUGGCCGGCAUCAGCAUGGAGCGCUACCGCAGCGUGGCCUUCCCCAUGCAGUACAAGCUGUCCCGCCGGCCCCUGUACGGAGUGAUCGCCGCUGUGGCCAUCUGGAUCUUGUCCCUUGGACACUGUAGCAUCGUCAUCAUUGUCCAAUACUUACCAACCAAGUCGACGAGUGACGCCCAAAACCUCUCUGUUUGCUAUGACAAUUUCACAACAGAGCAGCUGAACGUGCUGCUUCCUAUGCGGCUGGAGCUGUGCCUCGUCCUCUUCCUCAUCCCCAUGGUGGUCACCAUCUUCUGCUACUGGCGCUUUGUGCGAAUCAUUCUCUCCCAGCCCCAAGUGGAGACCCGGAAGCGCUGGAGAGCCGUGGGGCUGGUUGUUGUGACCCUGUUCAAUUUCCUGGUCUGUUUUGGGCCCUACAAUGUGUCUCACGUGGUGGGGUUCUUUCGUAGCAAAAGUGAAAGCUGGCGGGUAUGCGUAGUGGUGCUCAGUGCUCUCAAUGCUUGCAUCGACCCUUUGAUUUUCUACUUCUCCUCCUCAGCUGUGCGCAAAGCCUUUGAUAAAAAGCUACAGAGGCUGCAGACCUGGGGUGCCUCGCUGUCAGGGUACUGGAGGAGAAAAGCUGGAGAGCUGGCUGCAGAGAGACGAAAUGGGAGCUUAGGUGCAGCCAAUGUCGGCUUCACAGGAGACUAGAUUUGCCAGCUUGGUGUUACGUUUUUUGGGGGGAAGGGGCUCACACAGAGGAACAAUGAAGCAGAACCGGGGUGAGCUCUCCUGU